UUUGACACAUCCUGUGUUGAGGUGGCUCUGUCGUUAGCAGUAACAGGGCGACGUAUUUUCCAUCUCAAACACUCCCUUACGGUAACCCAUGCCCUCUCAGAAGCUCCCCGUCCAGGAGAAUUUCCACCUGGCUCUUAGAUCGACCGUAGCAUUCGGGGAGCAUCCAGAAUUUGGAAACGGUUGCAACACACUUCCUUUGGAGAGUUUAACACGGACGCAGUUAAUUUCAGACGCACUGGUCAAGUGUGUAUGGAUUACUUACUGGUCUGGAUCGGUGGAGAAGGCACAAGAUCAGGAUAAGGACACGGGUGGGAAAAGACAUCUUCAGUCCGACUCCGAUCUCCGGGCGAAAAGAAUACAAAACUUUGGUGGAGGUCGCUCGGCCCAUCGAGUCUGCACCAGCUCUCGGAACAACCCGUCUAUUCCACCGCGCUAUCCCCGAUCCACCUCCGGGCCUUUUUACACGACAGAGGGCAGAGCCAUCAUGUCCGCCAGAAGGCUGAGGAACGAAGAUUGUACCGACUACAGUUCCACUGAAGCCAGCCCGAUCCGCGACAGCCAGAGCUCCUCCUCCGAUUUGCCCGAUUUCUCCUCAAUCCAGUCCGACUCCUGCGGCAGGUAUCAGCGUAUCGGCGAAAGGACUGGGACAACGUCCUUUCAGACAUUAAUCCACUUGUUGAAAGGCAACAUUGGAACCGGCCUUCUCAGCCUGCCUCUGGCAGUGAAGAAUGCAGGGCUGGUGCUCGGUCCCGUCAGCUUGGUGGUCAUGGGCUUUGUGGCCGUGCACUGCAUGCAGCUGCUGGUGAAGUGCAGUCACCAUCUCUGCGCCAAACUACAGAAACCUUUUCUGGAUUACGGAAACGUGGUGAUGUGUAGCUUGGAAGAGUGCCCCAGUCCCUGGCUCAAGCAACAUUCGCACUGGGGAAGGCGGCUCGUGGAUUUCUUCCUGAUCAUCACGCAGCUCGGAUUUUGCUGCGUGUACUUUGUGUUUCUGGCCGACAACAUUAAGCAGGUCGUGGAGGUGGCCAACGCCACGACGAGCAAUUGCCACCAGAACGGUACGCUGGCAGAAACCCACACCAUGGACAACCGUCUGUACAUGGUCUGCUUCCUCCUGCCCAUCAUCCUGCUGGCCUUCAUUCGCAACCUGAAAUGCCUGGCUCCGUUCAGCACCCUCGCCAACCUCUCCAUGCUCGUCAGUCUGAUCCUGAUCUACCAGUUCAUCUGCACUAAUAUUCCAGAUCCCAGCACCCUUCCUUACGUGGCUGGAUGGAAAAAGUAUCCACUCUUUUUUGGGACGGCCAUAUUUGCAUUCGAGGGCAUCGGCGUGGUCCUUCCACUGGAAAACAAGAUGCAGAAACCGCAGGAAUUUCCCCUGAUUCUGUGCGUAGGCAUGUCGAUGGUCACAAUGUUAUACCUGAGUCUGGGAGUCAUGGGAUACAUUAGGUUUGGGGAGGCCAUCAAGGGAAGUGUCACCCUCAACCUGCCGGCCUGCUGGCUGUACCAGUCGGUGAAGAUUUUGUACUCGUUCGGGAUCUUCAUCACCUACGCUUUGCAAUUCUUCGUGGCGGCAGAAAUCAUCGUCCCGUUCGUGGUGUCCCGGGUCUCCGAGCGCUGGGUGCUGGCCUGUGACCUGGCCGUUAGAACCUUUCUGGUUCUGGUAACCUGUUCCUUGGCCGUCUUAAUCCCUCACCUGGGAAUCGUGAUCACGCUGGUGGGGUCUGUCAGCAGCAGCGCUCUGGCGCUGAUCAUCCCCCCCCUCCUCGAGAUCGCCACCUACUACAGCGAGGGCCUGAGCCGGUGGAUCAUCCUCAAGAACGUGGUGAUCAGCGUGGUGGGCUGCGUGGGUUUCGUAGCUGGGACCUACGUGUCCAUCGAAGAACUUGUGUCCCCAUUGCACAACACGACCACAUCGAUACAUCUCAGUUAGGUUUCUUGUGUAUUAUGUACAGAAU